AUGGUGAAAGGCACGGCCCCACUGCCUUUCCACGGACCGCUCCUCUUUCAGCAGGGCUCCAUCACCCUCUGCAUCCGGACUGGUCCUCCUGCCCGCUCCGAGCCCCCCAUACCCUCCUGCAUGGUGAUUGCUGAGGAACUGGGGGGAUACAAGAAGCAACGAAAUCUCCUGAGUGCCCUACCGGCCGACCCCAUGGUGCGCGCGCCCGACCUCCCGGCGGCCCUCCUGGGCCUGGGCCUGGGGAUGGUGCUGACCCUCCCGGGGGCGGGCGCGUCGGGCUGCAGGGCGCUCGGCCCGGCGGAGCGCCUGGCUUUCGCGCCGGCGGCCAGGGCCCGCUGGCUGGCCCCUCGCGCCCGCGCCCCUGGCCCCCUGGACUCGCUGUACGGCACCGUACGCAGCUUCCUCUCAGCGGUGCAGCUCAACCCCUUCCCCGCGGAGCUCAUAAAGACCCUGCUGAAAGAGCCGGCCUCUGUGAAGGUGGAUGAGGUGUUGCGGUACCAGGCGGGCUACGUGGUGUGCGCCGUGAUCGCCGGCCUCUACCUGCUGGCGAUGCCCACUGCCGGGCUCUGCUUCUGCUGUUUGCGCUGCCGCCGGCGCUGCGGGGGUCGAGUGAAGAUGGAGCACAAGACGAUGGCCUGCGAGCGUGGUGUCCUCAUGACCUUCCUGCUGCUGACCACCCUCGUGCUGCUGAUCGGUGUGGUCACUGCCUUUGUCACCAACCAGCACAUGCACGAGCAGAUGGGCCCCAGUGCCGCGGCUGUGCCGGAGGCUCUGCUCAGCCUCCGGGGCCUGGUUUCCGAGGUCCCCCAGGUGAGCACCGAGUAUCUGGAUGUGGGUCUCUCAGCCCUGCAGGUCUCCGUGGACCACCUCCGAGGCCUGAACGCCACCUCUGUGGAGCUGCAGGAGGGGCAGGAUGCCCUGGCGCCGGCUCUCCACGAGCACCGGCAGCGCCUCCUGGCACUGCUGCAGGAGCCCCACUGCCAGGGCUGUGCAGGGGCCCUGAACAAAAGCCACACCCUGGAGCUGGGAGCAGACUUCAGCCAGGUGCCUUCCGUGGGCCAUGUCCUACAUUGGCUGAAAGACGUCCCGGAGGCCAACUUCUACAGCAUGGUCUGGGAGGAGAACAUCACCUUCAACGCCCUCCCAAUCCUGGCUGCCUUGCAGACGGCCGACAUGGUCAGAGAGCUGAAGAAGGUGGUGGCUGAGCAGCCCAGAGGCCUAAAUACAAUGGGAGAAGCGUUCCCAGUCUGGGAGGCAGCUUCUCGCUGGAGCCAGGCCCUGGAAGAGGUCGAAGAGAGCAGCCGCCCCUUCCUGGAGGAAGUGCAGAGAUAUGAGAGAUACAGGUGGAUUGCAGGUUGCGUGCUGUGCUCGGUGGUCCUGCUCGUGGUGGUCUGUAACCUGCUGGGCCUCAAUCUGGGCAUCUGGGGGCUAUCUGCCAGAGAGGACCCCAGCCACUCGGAAGCCAAGGGUGAAGCCGGAGCCCGCUUCCUCAUGGUGGGCGUGGGCUUCAGCUUCCUCUUGGCUGUGCCCCUCAUCCUCCUCGUCUUCUCCACCUUCUUGGUGGGCGGCAACGUGCAGACGCUGGUGUGCCAGAGCUGGGAGAGCGGAGAGCUGUACGAGUUUGUAGACACUCCAGGGAACUUGCCACCGUCCAUGAACUUGUCCCAACUUCUUGGCCUGAAGAGGAACCUCAGCAUCCUCCUGGCCUAUGAGCAGUGCAAGCAAGGGGCCGCACUCUGGACUGUCCUGCAGCUCAACAACUCCUAUGACCUGGAGAAGCACCUGGAUAUCAGCCAGGUGAGACAGCCUUCUGGAACACAGUGGGACCCCCUCUCCUACAGGUCCCCUCUCUUUUGGUCCUGCCUUUAUGGAGGAAACUUCUCCUUCAACCUGAGAAGUCCGCAAGAGCGAUGGAGGUGCCUCUGGGGCAGAAGAGCCAGGUGCAAGCUCAGGGCAUGGCCCAGGGCUAAAGCCCAGGGAAGGCGUGGGCUCCACAGUGUGUGGGUGGGUGCAAUCGAGAAGCCAGUGGUGAAUAGCGAUGUGGAGAAGCUGGCCCAGGAGCUGGAGGGACUGUCGCAGACCCAAGGCAACGCUACACUGAGGCAGAUGCUGCAGGACGAGGUCCGAGGGCUCCAGCACCUCCAUCAGGAGAAGGUCCUCCCGCAGCAGAACCUUGUGGCUAAACUCAACCUCAGUGUCCAGGCACUGGCAUCCUCUGCCCCACAUCUCCAGUCAGAGAUCAUAGGUGUCCUGGACAGAGUCACUUACCUGAAAGGCGAGCUGCCAACCCGGGCCACCCACAUCCUGAGGAAUGAAAGUGAGUGUUUCCUGAUGCGGGAAAUGAGCUACUUCUCCCAGUACACGGCCUGGGUGAGAGAGGAGGUGACUCAGCGCAUUGCCACCUGCCAGCCCCUCUCUGGAGCCCUGGACAAUGGCCGUGUGAUCCUGUGUGACAUGGUGGCUGACCCCUGGAACGCCUUCUGGUUCUGCCUGGGCUGGUGCACCUUCUUCCUGAUCCCCAGCAUCGUCUUUGCUGUCAAGACCUCCAAGUACUUCCAUCCCAUUCGGAAACGCCUCAGCUCCACCAGCUCGGAGGAGACGCAGCUCUUCCACAUCCCCCGGGUCACCUCCCUGAAGCUCUAGGACCCUGCACAGAUAUGGCCGCAAGAUGAUGCACAGGGCUGCCUGCCUCCGCACUGACUUGGCUGAGACCAGAGGACUUCUGUCACUCUUGUUGCCAGAGCCCAGGCUGGCAUCCAGGCCUGGGCUGUCCCCUGUCUCCAGUUACCAGACACCCUCUUGCUAAUCCCUUUGCACCCCACUUUCUGCUCAUGACCCCUUCAUUCAUUCACUUUCAAAAACACACUUAGCUUCUUUUGAACUUCAGAGCCAACAGAAUCCCCCAGGUGUCUCCCUUCUCCUCCUCCCUACAAUAUAUCAGCACCAGGAAGAGCCUGUUGUCCACCUAGAGGAACCCCCCCACCGCCUCAGUCCCUGGUGGGGAGACCCUGCUCAACCCCGUGCUGUCCCAUGCCCCUUCCAAGCUCCUUGCUCACUUCCCUCCUCUCCUCUGGCCCCCCACUUGCCCUCUUUGCUCUGUUCCCUCCCUGGCCCUCACUUCCUUCCCUUGGGAAGCCCUUUCCUCCUGUGCCCCCUCUUUACCUUAUCCCACUAACUGCUGACCCCGAGACCCCUCCUGCCCAACCACACUGAUCAGGUAAAGCCACUGAGCAAGCCUGGGCCAGCUGCAGGCUCUACCUCAUGGCCCCUGAGCCCUCCAUUCCUAGGGCCCUGGGACCAUCCCUCCACUGACCCCAGCCUGGAUUUCUGGCCCCCGGGGGUGCAGGAGGCCCAUGUGAAGGCUGAGCCCCAGCCUGCACCUUGGGCUGGGAAUUAUGCUGCUACCCCUCUGCCCUUCUCUGAGCACUGGCUUCCUAGGAAGGGACCUAGGGUGUGGGCUGCAGUGGGGGCUCACUCUUGGCACCCCAGAAAGUAGCCUCUUUGACAGCUUCCCAGCUUUUCCUGGAGAGAUCUGGUGGCCACAAGAAGAUUUUGCAUGAUGGCCCUUACUCCUUCAGUCCCAUGCAUGUGGCCGGGUGUCAUCCCAUCUCCAUCUUUGUGUCAGAUCCUGAGUUCUGGAAGUGGGGAAGAGGAAGAGAGAGAACAGGAAGUGGACAGGACCUAAAAUCCAUUAAAGUGUUUUCACUUGGCUAAGCCUUGGCCUUGGGUCUUUUAGCUCUCCCAGGCUGGGGCCCUGGAUGUGGUUGGUGUUCAAUGAGUGUGGAGAGGGAACUUCAAGGCCUCCUCUGACCACAGGCAUCCAGGGGUCACCCCAACAAUGAGCAGGUGGGGGUGGGGCCCACUCUGGGAGCAGUCAGACCUGGCUUCACUCUGGGCUCUAGUGUAUGGUGACCAGGGUACCUUGAACAUGAUCCAUGGGUCCUCCAGACCUCAGUUUUUCCACCUGUAAAAUGGGAAAAGAGCCAUAGCCAUCUCACAGGGUUGUAAAUAAUGUAACAAUGUGUGCGAACACCUUGGCAGGGGACUGGCACAAGACAAGUGCUCAAAUGCUGCUAUUUCUCUUUUUUUUUUUUUUUGCCAUGACUACUCUGGGCCAGGGCAGAGCUGGGUCUGGGCAGAUACAAGCGAAGAGGGAGACAGGUUCCUGCUCAGAGGAGCAAAGCCCUGUAAGAUAAGAAUCUACUGAGUUUCCAGGGGGUGUCUAUUUUUAAUUGCAUCUUACAAACCAGCAACAAAUUGCUACUAGAAAUUGGGAUGGUGUUCCCAUUUUCACUACUGCCAACACACUCUCAGACCAGCAUCCUUAAAUGUGGCACAGUUGCCUCUUUUUGGCUUUUCCCAGAACAAUUCUUGGCUUGCUUUUCAUCUGUUGUCCUGCAUAGGGAACUGUAGCACCUUGCAUUUUAAGAACGAAAUUGAUGGGAUAAAAAUAGAAAAUGAUUAAAAAAUAAUUUCUAGUUCUCUA